UUAGCUAGACCGCACUCACCAUCGGAUCACACUGCCACCGCUAUCAAUCUUGCACCGAUCGACUCGCCAGUCGCCACGCAGCAGGAGCACCGCCCCGCCCCACCCACCUCUCGUCUUCCACUCUCUCCCCAAAGUCUCUCCACUCCACUUGCUCCUCUCGUCUCGAUCUCCAUCGCCAUAGCUCGGUAUAUAAAUAAGCCCUUGCGCAUCGCCCAAACUCUUCCCAGUUCCAACCAGCAGCACCAGUCAAUCCACCAUGGUGGCUCCGGUCAGGACCGCGCUUCUCCUCCUCGUGCUCCUCGCCCUGUCGGCCCCGCUCGCGUCGGGCGCCGCCGGGGGUGGUCCGGACGGCGGGGGCUUCUUCGGGAUGCCGUGGUUCGGGGGCCCGCAGGGCGGGCCGGGCUUCUUCGGCGGGUGGGGCGAGGGGGGCCCCGGGUACCGGCGCAGCGCGGUGGUGCCGCCCUCCACGGUGUGCGCGGAGAAGGGGCCCUGCCACGGGAAGCGGCUCACCUGCCCGGCCAAGUGCUUCAGCUCGUUCAGCUACAAGGACAAGCACGGCAGCGGCGGGGGCGGCGGCGGCGGGUGCAGCUUCGACUGCACCAAACACUGCGUCGCCUCCUGCUGAAGCUGAACCCAUCAGUCGAUCGGAGCUCAGCUACUGGUAGUAGUAUUAAGGGGUUGCUUAAUUACGGAGUAUUAUGAUGGAUCGGAGCUUACUGUAUUUGACAAGUUUAGUUAGUCCUAGUAGUGAGCAUGGUUGUCUGUAAAUACUGCUCGGCCGGUUGUGUUGCAUGCGGAUCUUGGACGAAUAAAACAGAUGAAAUAAAACGAGAUUCUUGAGCCGCGUC